AUGGCUGCGAUAUCAAGACUGAAUCUAGAAGUUGUCUAUGGGUCCCGAAAGCAUCAAGUUGAAGUCAGCCUUCCUCCAGGGCAGGCUGGAGAUGUAUUGACAGUUCGCCAUCUUCGGGAAGAGGUCCAAAAAUUGACAGACGUUCCAGCAGAAAAUCAGAAGCUGAUAUUCAAAGGCAAGUCUUUAACCGAUUCAGAAAAAUCUUUGUCUGAGUUUGGCCUGAAGAAUGGAGUAAAGGUGAUGUUGAUUGGCAAAAAGCCUGUUCCCAAAGAUGAUCCAGAGAUGCUCGGUCUGAAGAAAGUAGAGACUAGUCUUGCCAAAGAAGAGGAAAAAUUCAGUGUCGUCAUAUAUAGGCUAGAUGGAAUACACAGGGGUUUCCUGGAUGAGCAGAAGAAGCGAGAUACACUGGUCCAGUUAGAUAAAGAGCUGGCACAAAUUAUAGAAAACUUUGAACGUAUGCUGGAGUCCCUUGACUGUCUCCGAUUUGACGAGUUUAAUAAAGAGGGACGUGCAAAGAGAAAAAGCACUGUAGAUAGAAUCCAGACACUCCUAGCUCGCUGUGAUGGCUUGGUGAAAGGUGUGAAAGACAUGAGAACCAGUGAAGAGGAGAGUUGACGCUAAGAAAAAGGAGAUAACAAGAUUUUAAAUAGUUAUAUUUGUACAAAGGUAUAGUAAUAAAUAGAAAGUGUGAAUUCAGAUCAAAUCAUAGUGAAUGCUCGCCUAGAGAAACAAAACUGAUGAUCAUGAAGAGUGUGGUGAACAGGAACAAUACAGUGACAGGAAAUUACCCUAAAACGUGUUGUAACAUAAACUUCAUGUUUCCAAUAGCAUUAUCCAUGAAGAAUCUCAGGACAGCCACUCAGGUACCUUGUUACAGGCUGAUAGCUCAGCCAAUUAACACACUUGUUCCAGCCCAGACUCUGGAGCGAGAACAGCCACUGAAUUAUUUUGAAAUAGGAAAAUUGGGUAUCCUGUUAGUCAAAUAGAUAUUUCAGCCAAUCAGGAAUUUCGUUUAACUUGGAGCAGCGACUGAGUAAAGACUUUUUCCACAUUAAUGAUUCAGAAAAAAGACAACCAUUGACUGUUGAUGAAGAAAAUGCAAUGCAGAAGUACCAAAGUUGUGCCUACCUGCCAAUAUCGUCUGACAGCACACAUGACUUAUAAAAAAAGUUUGUCAUACACUGCCAGCUGUUUUACAGACGAGCCAUUUCCAAGGUUAUUUGACUAUGUCAGUUGGGUAUUUUUAGUCUCUAGAAAGAAGUGUCAUGUUUAAGCUGAAGCCAAAGGAUUGAUAUCGACAUAGUAUCUAGAUAUAGACAGAGAAUCUGGUAUAAUCAGACAAUCAGGUAUUGCAAUAUAAUAAAACAAUUAAUAUUUCAAAGUUGUCCAUGAAAAACAAUAUGAGGGGUAAAUACCUUUAAGACCAAUUUGCUGGUUUCCUUCCUUUGUAUAUUUAAUUCUUUAAUGUUGAAAAAAUCCCAAGCCAGUUCUUCAGCGAAGUUCGUAAUCCUUACCUCAUUUUGAAACAUGUACUGUAGAUGGCUCUUUAUAGAGUAAAGAUGUAUUUUAGUAUAAGACAGGGUUAUGUUUUAAGCCUUGUUGUGGUGCUUUACAU